AUGAUUGAGUUCCUUUACUCUCACGCCGUUGCUAGUGCAGAGUUUGUAGAUUUUUCCGAUCUCCAGUUUUGUUGUUAUUAUUUUGUUGCUUCUGCUACGGUGCAUGUGGUUUAUUGUUGUCUUCAUCAACUCAUCAUAGUUACUGGGAAUCUUCUCAAUUCAUCUUCUAACUCUAUUUCUGGUAUGAAAGAAAUUGAAUCGCAGAGUUUCCUUCUGGACAUUGAAUCUUUAAGAAGAAGAAAAAUAAGAGAAUGCAUCUCAGUUCACAUCGGUCAGGUCGAUAUUCAGAUCGGAAAUGCUUGGUGGGAACUUUACUGCCUCGAGCAUGGAAUUGAGCCUGAUGGCCAAAUGCCAAGCGAUAAGACUGUUGGUGGAGGAGAUGACGUUUUCAACACCUUUUUCAGCAAAACUGGUGCUGGGAAGCAUGUCCCUCGCGCUAUAUUUGUGAAUCUGGAACCGACUGUUAUUGAUGAAGUAAGGACCGGAACCUACCGCCAGCUCUUCCACCCUGAGCAACUCAUCAGUGGCAAAGAAGAUACUGCCAACAAUUUCGAUUGUGGUCAUUAUACAAUUGGCAAAGAGAUUGUUGAUGUCUAUUUGGAUCACAUCCGAAAGCUUGCUGAUAAUUGCACUGGCCUCCAAGGCUUCUUGGUUUUCAAUGCUGUUGGUAGUGGUACUGGCUCUGGACUUGGAUCUCUUCUCUUUGAGCGUCUCGUUGUUAACUAUGGAAAGAAGUCGAAGCUUGGGUUCACUGUCUAUCAUUCACCUCAGGUUAUCUCAUCUCUUACAGCCUCAUUGAGGUUUGAUGGAGCCCUGAAUCAGCAUUAGUAUAUAACGUCUGCUUCUAAUUGCGGUCAAUAGGAUUGAUCACAAUGGACCACAUGGAGCAGGGUCACUCUUGAAAUCUAAUGGUAUGGUAAAUUGUUAGAGUUUUUUGAAUAGUUUGUUUACAGUUAGAGUUUACCGGGAGUUCAAUUUCUUGCUGCCUUUGGAAACAAAUUUUGUUGUAUUAGUUUCUUGUGGAUGUGUUGCACGCUGUUGCAUUGCUGGUUAUUUUGGAUUAUGUAUCGUCAUGAUUUGUUGAUUCUAUCUCAAAGUGUCAUGGGACUUGAAAGCUUCACAGCCAAGUGUCUAUGAAAAACAAUGUCAAUGAACCUUGUAUAAGAGGACGAAGAAGAAAGAAAUGAAGGUGAAUAAGAAGAACGAAAUGAAGCAUCUACACUUUCGAUUCAAGUCGAACGAAAGG